AUGGCUCCUUUAGCUGAAGUUGGGAACUAUCUCGGGGUCCAAGACGCGGGCCCCUUUGGGAACGUGCCCGUGUUGCCGGCGGACAGCCCGGUUUUGUUAAGCGACCACCUGGGGCAGUCCGAAGCAGGUGGACUCCCCCGGGGGCCUGCAGUAACGGACCUGGAUCACUUAAAAGGCAUCCUGAGGCGGAGGCAGCUCUAUUGCAGGACUGGAUUUCACUUAGAGAUUUUCCCCAAUGGUACGAUCCAAGGAACCAGGCAAGACCACAGCAGAUUUGGUAUCCUGGAAUUUAUCAGUAUAGCAGUCGGCCUGGUCAGCAUUCGAGGGGUAGACAGUGGACUUUAUUUGGGAAUGAAUGAAAAAGGAGAAUUAUAUGGCUCGGAUAAAUUGACCCAGGAGUGUGUGUUCAGAGAGCAAUUUGAAGAGAACUGGUAUAAUACAUACUCAUCAAACCUAUAUAAGCAUGUGGACACUGGAAGACGAUAUUAUGUCGCGUUAAAUAGAGAUGGAACUCCCAGAGAAGGGACCAGGACUAAACGGCAUCAGAAAUUCACACAUUUUUUACCUAGGCCAGUGGACCCUGAGAAAGUCCCUGAACUAUAUAAGGAUAUUUUAAGCCAAAGUUGACAAAGACAUUUCCUUCACUUGAGCCCUUAAAAACCAACAACCACUAUAAAGGUUUCAUGCGGUGGGUUCUUAAUUGAUUAGCUGUGUCAUCACAUCAGCUCCACUAUUGCCAAACUAUGUCGCAUGCAUAAUAUAUGAUGGAGGCUUGGAUGAAACUUGCUGAUGGUGUUCCGCACUUAAAAGGUUUGUCUUCUGGAAGAGAGCCUAUGCCCAUUGCUUGAUUUAUUGAGUGAGAAAGAAAGAGUGAGGAUGUUUGAGAGUGAAAGCAGAAGCUGAAGAACGAAGGAAGGGGGGAAAGGCCUGAUGCAUGCUGGGAAAUAGACACGCUUUAAAAAAAUUUUGGUCUGUUGUAUACUUCAUCCUAGAUCAGCAUAGCUGCCAUACUUUGACUCAUGAAGAAUUUUGGCUGGUGGCCUGCUCAAGUGUACGCUGCAUUUUUUUUAAAGCAAAGGCAUGGAGGGUAUGGUCUGUCUAAAAUCCACAUAGGAAAAAAGAGACUUAUUUUCAGUUUGACUGCUUCCUUAAUGAAUUUUAAGUAAAGACCUCUUAGUAAU